UAAUAAAUCCAAAUUCUGGGUACUACAGAGAACUCAAAAAUGGCGUUCUUUCUGGGCCUGUUUCUGGGAAUCACGGUGGGUCUGGCGGCGAUCGUGGGCUUCGUGAAGUGCGAGAAUCACCGCUCCAAACGCCGCUCCGAAUUAGCGGCCACCAUUGCCGCUUUUGCUCGGAUGACCGUGGAAGAUUCCAGAAAGAUCUUGCCUUCUGAGUAUUAUCCUUCUUGGGUCUCCUUCACUCAGUGGCAGAAGUUGAAAUGGCUGAAUCAGCAUCUUUCGAAGAUCUGGCCCUAUGUUAAUGAGGCAGCGUCUGAGCUGAUAAAGACUAAUGUUGGGCCGGUUCUUGAGCAAUAUAGACCUAUUAUACUGGCAUCUCUCAAGUUUUCAAAGUUUACUCUUGGCACUGUGGCUCCACAAUUUACAGGAGUCACAAUUGUUGAAGAUGAAGGAGAUUGUGUUAUCAUGGACUUGGAAAUGAAGUGGGACGGAAACCCGAGCAUUAUUCUAGAUAUUAAAACUUUACUUGGUGUUGGCCUACCUGUUCAGGUUAAAAACAUUGGAUUCACUGGAGUUUUCAGGUUAAUAUUCAAGCCUCUGGUUGAUGAGUUACCGUGCUUUGGAGCUGUUUGCUAUUCUUUGAGAGAAAAGAAAGAUUUAGAUUUUACGCUUAAAGUUGUGGGUGGUGACAUUUCAUCAAUUCCUGGGCUUUAUGAUGCAAUUGAGGGCACAAUACGAGAUGCUAUCGAAGAUUCAUUGACAUGGCCUGUUCGAAAAAUUGUUACCAUUUUGCCUGGGGAUUACAGUGAUCUGGAAUUGAAGCCAGUUGGGACAUUGGAGGUGAAGCUUGUGCAGGCAAAGGAGUUGACAAAUAAAGACCUAGUUGGGAAAUCAGAUCCCUAUGCCGUACUUUACAUCCGGCCUCUACGUGACAGAAUGAAAACCAGCAAAACUAUUAACAACGAUUUGAAUCCAAUCUGGAACGAACAUUUUGAAUUUAUUGUUGAAGAUGCUUCCACUCAGCACUUGGCGGUGAAAAUUUAUGACAGUGAGGGGGUUCAGUCAUCUGAGCUCCUUGGAUGCGCUCAUGUAAGGCUAAGCGACCUUGAGCCUGGUAAAGUAAAGGAUGUAUGGUUGAAACUGGUUAAAGAUUUGGAUGUUCAGAGAGAUACAAAAUACAGAGGGCAGGUGCAUUUGGAGCUCUUGUACUGUCCAUUUGGCAUGGAGAAUGGCUUUACCAACCCCUUUAGUUCCAACUUCUCGAUGACCUCUUUGGAGAAGGUCCUCAAAAGAGGGGCGAAUGGAACAGAAGUUACAGAAAAUGAAAAGGAAAUCGCUCAGAAGAAAAGGGAGGUUAUUGUCAGAGGUGUACUCUCUGUCACCGUGAUAUCUGCUGAAGACUUGCCUCCUGCUGAUCUGGUGGGGAAGGCUGAUCCUUAUGUGUCACUCACAUUGAAGAAAGCUGGAACGAAAAACAAAACUAGGGUUGUUAAUGACAGCUUGAAUCCUGUUUGGAGCCAAACGUUCGACUUUGUUGUCGAGGACGGAUUACACGACAUGCUAAUUGUUGAAGUCUAUGAUCACGACACUUUUGGGAAGGAUUAUAUGGGAAGAUGCAUCUUAACACUCACAAGGGUGCUUCUGGAAGGGGAGUACAAAGACUCCUUCCAGCUAGAUGAAGCGAAAUCCGGAAGACUGAAUUUGCAUCUCAAGUGGAUGCCACAACCAAUUUUGCGCGACUCUUGACUGAUGACGAUCUAUCUUAUACAGCUAUAGCUGACGAGGAACGCUCGAUAUUUUGGAGUAUAUAUUAUCCGAGUGUCUAUGGAUAAUGAUAAAAAGGACAUAAAAUGGUCUACUUGGUGCUUAAUAAUCCUGUCAUCUUGUGUUUGUGAGGGUAAGCGCUUGAUUGGUGUACAUAAUUGUUUCAUAACACCAGUUAUAAUAGAGUAGUGAAGUUUCAUGGAAAAUACCAGCCAGAUUUAUGGUUGGAGAUGCGCGUAGUUCACUUUUUUUUUAACCAACUUUAUCACUUCAUUGACGUUACAUUUACAGCGGGUUUUAUUCAGCUUC